AUGACACUCUACCUUGAGGGUGUUGAUAGUCAAUAUCUCUCAAUCCUCAAGGAUGGACCCAUUGUUCCUAAAGUAUGGCUUCGUCAUGGAAAGAGCAAAGACGAUGGUAACUCUUCAAAUGAUUCUGAUGAUGAUGAAGAGAAAUCUGACUCUACUGGAAGGUUCAUCAUCAAAGAUCCUUCUCAGUACAAUGAAGACGAUAAACGAAAAGUUUCAUUGGAUACCAAGGUAAGGGCUAUCAUUGCCCUCUCUCUUCCUGAUGGUGUCUUCCAUUCCCUGAAAAGCAAGAAGAUUGGCCUUGUUAGGCAAUAUGAGCUCUUUGUGCACGGGAAAGGUGAAUCUCUCACUGAGUACUACAAUAGGUUUAACAGCCUUCUCAAUGAUUUGAAGUUUCAUGGCAGAGUCUACGAAAACGAAGAAGUCCUAUGCAAGUUCAUGGACUAUUUAUCUGACUUCUGGGAAAACAUCUGCACUUGUAUCAAGACAAGUAAAGAUCUUGAAAAUAUGCCUCUGACUGCUCUUUAUGGAACUCUCCAUAAUUAUGAGCAAACCAAGCUUUUCAAAAAGGCAUUAUUGAAGGAUMCCAGAACUUCUUCUCCUGUUGCCCUUCUCUCCAACGAUACGAGGAAGCCAGUUAGUGAACCUUGUAUCACUUAUCUAUCUGACACUGAAGAAGAUGCUGUCAGAAAAGAAGAUCUUGCUGAAAGUCAUACUGAUGAUGCUGAUGUUGAGGGUGAUGAACUCUCAGUUAAUGACUUGGCUGACAACAUGGCCAUGAUGGCUACCAACUUCAAAAGGUAUGCCAAAAAGGGCUCUUCUACCUUCUCUCCCAGAUCUAAGGUCACCGAUCAAAGAACCUUAGAUCAAUCUAAGUCAGCUCCUCUUGAACUGUCCAAUGAGAAGAAAGGUCACUUUGCUGCUGAGUGCAAAAGCAAAAGGAUCUCUAAGCGUCAUCCUUCUCAUCCCUCUAGCCAAUCCUCUCACGAUAAGUACAAGGCAAAGUACAAGAGAGAAAAGGAAAAGAACCUGAGCCUUCAGAGAAAAGGUAAGGGUCUCAUCGCUGAGACUCAUGACUGGAUUGAUGAGCCAACCUCUUCCUCCUGUGAUGAUGACAUGGCACAUCUGCGUCUUAUGGCCAACAUCCAGGAGAUAGAAGACUCUGUCAAGGAAUCCUCCUCUGCUGCUGUUGAUCUACCUUCUACUUCUAAGGAUGCCAAAGAUCUGGUCAAACCAAAUAAGAAAGACUUUGAUAAAUUGAAAAAUGACCUUAAAGAACAAAAGUUAAUAAACAAUGUUCUUAACAAAGAAAAAACUAAGGUCUUUGAGAAGCUGGAGAAAGAAAAAGCCAUUCUACAAAAAUGGACUAGAUCAUCCAAGAACCUAGAUAAAAUUUUACUUGAUCAACUUCCUAUUAAUGUAAAGACUGGUCUAGGUUAUGAUGAUAUGGAUCUGUGUGCUCCUGAUGACUCUAUGUGCAUUUCUUCUCACAUUCUUUCUUCCUCCUCUCCCUCUCACUUAUCUAAUUCUGUUGGAUCUUUUUCUCCUAGAUCCAAUGAAAAUGGAAAAUCUCUUAAGUUCGGAAUUUUUGUCAAAGGAAAAAGUUCAAACACUGAAUCUGAGAAUGUUCCUGUCGACUGUGUGUUUAACUCUCUCUCUCUCUCUCUUAAGGAAUCUUCUGAUGCAUGUUCUUCUAAAUCUAAAACAUCUGAGCAUCUGAAGCAUCCUUUGAAUUAUCGUUUCACUACGGCUGAGAAAGGCAAGUCUGUGGACAAGCCUAUCAAGAAUAAGAAGCCAAAAUCCAAACUGAAGAUGAAACAUAAGCCUUCGGCUACCUCAUCUCAGUCAGCUGUUGCUUCUCAGACUGGUACCUCAGUACCUUCUAUUACUGAGUUCGUUCCUAGACUAGUUUCUYUGAAAAAGGCUUCCAAGGUUUCUACUUCUUCUAAGAAACCUAUCCCUGAGUCUGAAAAAGGAAUUCUUGGUCCAAAGCCCUCUUCUUCCUCUGUCCUUCCUUCCAAAGCUUCUUCUUCUCUCAAAAAAUCCAAAAAACAUGUUAACACGGUUAAGCACACACCUUUAAUUCCUAUUAAACCUGUGUUUAUUUAUCGGAAAUGUUAUAACUGUGGUGACACUUUUCACAUGGCCAAGAACUGUCCCAAGGAAAGAAUCUCUAGGCCAGGCUUAGGACACCGACAGAUAUGGUACUUGGACAGUGGAUGUUCAAGACACAUGACUGGAAACAAGUCUCUGUUGAUCAACUAUGUGUCUGAACCUAGUCCUUCUGUAACCUUUGGAGAUAAUGCCAUAGGUACUACUAGAGGAUAUGGUGUUCUUUCUAACGGCUCGGUUACCUUCAACCGAGUAGCCUAUGUGGAUGGACUGAAGCACAAUCUGUUAAGCAUUAGUCAACUGUGUGAUCUCAAUUUCAUUGUUAAGUUUGAAGAAAACCAGUGUACUAUUCUUUACUCUUCUGUCAAGAAGGUAUUAACUGGUGUCUGA